CUGAUUUUUUGAUUGCUUGUUUGAUCGAUCGUGGUCGCGUGUGUUCGGGGAGAUUCAGCUUUUCCGACGUUCAAAUUAACUGUUCAGAUUUUAAAGUUUGAGAAUCCUGGAAAGAAGGAAGUAGCUUGCCAAUGGCAACAACCAAAGAUGAGCCUAGAGGUCAGCAGAAUGGCAGAACCAUGGGUCAAACGUUGGACCUCUCCUCCACCAAUCUGACAGAGUUUGCCAUCAGCAAGAAAGAAUUGAACACGUGCUCCACCCUGAUACUGGACUACAAUGCCCUUUCAGUUUUGUCCGAGGAUGUCGGGGAAGUCUUGCAGAGCCUUAGUGCUCUCUCCCUGACUGGCAAUCAGCUAAAGGAACUUCCCAGUUCCUUUGGAAAGCUUUGGAACCUGAAGGAACUCUCUCUGUCUGAAAACAUCCUGACCUCCUUGCCCAAAUCUCUCGAGGGCCUCUGUAGCUUAACAGUGCUGAAGCUGGUUGGAAAUAAACUGAAAGAGUUGUCUGAAGAUUUUGGAACCCUCAAGUCCCUGCGGAGGUUAGAACUAGAUGAAAAUGAGCUGACAACACUACCAGGAUCAUUUGGACUCCUUGAGAAUUUGGAAAUUUUGGAAGCAGCAGAUAACUCCCUGGAAGCACUCCCGGCAAACUUCGGAGGCCUAAGACACUUGGAGGUUCUCAACUUGAGUAAUAACCGUUUAGCUACUUUGCCUAGAUCAUUCGGGUCACUACCUUCACUCCGGAGGGUAGAUCUGUCCAGUAAUAAAUUAGAAGAACUGAUGGACUAUUUUGAUUCAUGCCACUGCCUUGAAAAGCUCUUUCUGACAGGGAACAGAUUGAGCACCCUUCCUGAUUGGAUCGGGAAACUUCCAAAACUCCAGGAGAUCAGCCUCAGGGAUAAUCAGCUAGCGGCCAAGCCUCUGCCCGAAGCCUUUGGUGAAAGCAGCAGGGAAGGCCUGAUGUACUUGGACAUGUCCGGGAACUUUGUCAUGGAGCUCCCGUCCACUCUCGGCCUGCUGACCCAUCUAGACUUCCUCCACCUCGGCAGCGUGAUCGGGGAGCUGGAACGACGCAACUUCCAGAACGGGAACUGGAUUGAGAGGCUCCCGGAUAACUUUGGCAAUCUGACCCUCUUGCGGGAGCUCAGGGCUGAAGAGAACCAACUGAGCUGCCUGCCGGAGAAUUUCGGGGAUCUGGUCUCCUUAGAGUUCCUUGACCUGGGCCAGAACUUGCUGAGGAGACUUCCAGACUCCUUCAGCAAGUUGAAGAAUUUGCGGGUCUGCUUGUUAUCCAAGAACAACAUUGAGUUGCUACCAGACAAUUUUGGCCACUUGGACGGACUGUUGGACCUUCGACUGGAUUGUAAUAGACUGACCAAGUUACCUGACUCCUUCACCAGACUCACCAACCUGGAGACCCUGGACCUAUUUGACAACCACCUAAUUGAGUUGCCUGAGGUGUUGAAGUACUUGCACAAGUUGCAGCGUUUGGACCUUGACGAAAAUGAUUUUGACAUGCCUGCCCUAGCCGUGCCAAAUUACACCAAACCCAACCGGUAUCCGUCGGCGGGGAAGUCGGUCACCAGCAAAAACUGGCGGACAAAGAUACGACCAGAUGAGCUCGUUGGUUCACAUCUGGCCACAGAGGCUGAGGAGUCAGAGGGAGGCGACAGUACGAGUAAACAGUCCAGGCACAUUAACUGGACCAGCGUCCUGGCCCAAGCUGUGCAAAAGGGACAGUCCAUGUGGCAGUCACACGAGGGCGCUAGCACCAGGGAGUCCAGUGGCAGGUCAUCGCCCUCAGAUGAGUGCAGCUUGCAGCGGUCCUACGGUGCCAGGUGCACGUUCUCCUACAAUGACGAAGAUAAUUUGUCCAACCUUAACGACGAUGACGAAGACCUGUUGGCGAACAGCCCGGAUGAUCGCCAAAGUGACAGCACCCACGCUCACCCAUCGCAAGAGGUAACAGAGGCCCCCGAAGAGAACUGGGACGAUGAACUCGAGCACAUCUCCUGUUACGGUUACGACAGAGUUUACAAACAUCCAGUGAAUGAUCUCCACGAGCCCAUGGGUCUGGAGCCCAACUUUGCAUUCACCCCAUCCGAUGAACACGUCAUGAAUCUUCCUUGUCCCUGCAUCAAUUUUGACACCGAGGAGGGGCAGUUUGAAGACGCUGAUGAUUAGGCCGGAGAAAACAAUCAAAAAUUAGUGUCCUGAUCCAAAUCAAUUACCAAUUAAUUGACAGGUGUUUGCAUGUUGGCAUCAUCCAUUAUUUUUAGCACCGUGCAAAAUUGCCAACAAUUGCACCCUGAGAUAUUAGGCUUACAAUAAGUGGAACCAAUCCAUCUAUGCAGUUACUUGAGGGAGCGUGUACUCAUAGCGGAAGACCUGGAAAGUCAUUGUUCCAAACCAACCUUAGCAUUAGUGUUUCAAAAACUGAGCCCCGUCCUCCAGACUUGCUGUCAUUGUGGCUGAAGCUGUACACAGUAGCGUCCUCUCGAUGUAUGUGUGUAAUUGAACUCACAACCCCCAUGACAUAAAGUUGUUCAAAGUUUAGAGUUGUUCAAAGUUUUAAGACUCUGAUUAUUAUGAAAACGAAAGUUGGAUCCAAUUAUUUUAUUUUUACAAAUUGGAUAGUUUUAAUGCUUGCAGUGUCCUGAAAUGAAAGUUGGAGUACCAUCAAAGUCGGUGAAAUAGAAUGUCUUUACAGGUUAAUUCCCGAAGUCAAGUUGUCAUAAAAAUCACAGAUUUUAUAAAACAAUGUAAAUUUAUUAUUUCUGGUUGGUUCUCAUCUAAGUAAGUCACCACAUCAGUGGCGUAGCUCGGAUUUUACUAGUGGUGAGGCAUAAAGGCGGCACCAGCAUCUUAUGGGCGGCACCAGCUUUCAGUGGUGUGCUUUUUCAGGGCAAGUUUUUGUUAGCCUUGUUCAA